GUAGCUCAACUCGGCACACUAUUGAAUUGAUGCUCCGACCCUCACGAGCCUUCCCUUCUCAUCAACACAUGGCGACAUGGACUAACAUGGCCCUUUGUCCUUUGGCUCAAGUCAUUAGUCGAAGGGGGUCUCCCCAGUUCAAUUGCUUGCGAUGGCCGACGACGGAGUGGCUGAUCAAGCCUACGAUGAGGCCAUUCCCGUGGAGACUGACGAUGAGGUGAGUACUCCAGGUACCUCCGAGGCUGGCACGCCGAAGCAGCCGCCACCUGCCGGGCCGGGGGGCAGCGCCAAGAGAGGUGGAGGAGGAGAUGAAAGCAGUGGCGAGUCAGAGAGCAGUGAGGGAUCAACAUCUGAGUCCAGCGAUGGGGAGGACGGAAAGAAGUCCUCCUCCAACCUGCCAGCUGGAGCGUACAACCCGGAUGACUUCAAAAAUAUGAAGGGAGUCUCCGCAGAGAUUGAAGAGCUCUUUAACUGCAUCACCAGGUACAAGCCACAUACAAUCGAGCUGGACACAGUUCUGAAGCCAUUCAUCCCAGAGCUGAUCCCCAGUAUUGGCGAGGUGGAUGCUUUUCUCAAGAUGCCGCGGCCCGACGAAGCAACCAGUGGUUUGGGCACCACACGUUUAGAUGAGCCCACUCUGAAUCCAUCUGAUCCAUCCAUCCUGGACUUGCAACUUCGAUCUCUCAGCAAGAACCAGGACCUUCAACCAAUGGAGGUCCGGUCCAUUGAAAAUGCCGAGAAGAAUCCGAAGGAGAUUGACAACUGGGUCAAGCGGAUUGACCACCUCAACCGAUCAAAGCCUGCACCUACGGUGCAAUAUUCAAGGAGGAUGCCAGACAUCGAGCAGCUCAUGCAAGUUUGGCCCGGUGAAUUCGAGGAGUUUCUCCAGAACAAUCCUCUACCGGAUCUUGCCGAUCUAGAGUUGGAUUUGCCGAGCUAUGUGAAGAUUUUUGCAUCCGUCCUGGAUGUGCCGGUCUACAACCAGAUCACGGAGACAUUGCAUGUCAUCUUCACACUCUAUUCCGAGUUUAAAUCCAAUCAGCACUUCUCAAAGACUGACACUGCUGGCAACUUCGGCGACCAGUACAACUUUGGCUCUGUGCCGGCCUCUUUUGGGCAGCCGAGCGCCUCGGCGCAGCCGCCGGCCUUUGGCUCGGCAGAGUCUAUGGCACCCAGCCGAGCCCCAUCGCCGGUGCGGCAAUAAGAUGCAAGGCCGUGUAGGAAAGAAUCCCAUCGCCCGAAAGUGGGUUCUCAAAAGCCAUUGUGCAGACAACUUGUGUCAAACGAUAUUAAAU